GGAAAAGGUUCUAAGCGUGUUGGGGCACUAUAUGUAACUUGCCAGUUGUUCAAGAUUUACUUUAAGUUGGGUACAGUUCAUCUUUGCCGUAGUGUGAUACGAAGUAUUGAAACUGCACGCAUAUUUGACUUUGAGGAAUUUCCUAAGAGAGACAAGGUUACUUACAUGUACUAUACUGGUCGUCUUGAAGUUUUCAAUGAAAAUUUUCCUGCAGCUGAUCAUAAAUUAUCAUAUGCCUUAGAGCAUUGCAACCCACGGAGUGAAGCCAAUAUAAGGAUGAUUCUUAAACAUCUUAUCCCGGUGAAGCUUUCAAUAGGCAUAUUACCUACAAAUAUGCUUUUGGAGAAGUACAGUCUGCUUGAGUACAGUGACAUUGUGCAAGCUCUCAGAAGGGGGGAUCUUCGGCUUCUUCGGCGUGCACUCCAAGAUCAUGAGAACAGGUUCUUGAGAUCAGGCGUAUAUCUUGUCCUAGAGAAGUUGGAACUUCAAGUAUACCAGAGAUUAGUAAAGAAGAUUUACAUUAUUCAAAAGCAGAAGGACCCAAGUAAAGCCCAUCAGGUGAAGUUGGAUGUUAUUGUUAAAGCAUUGAAAUGGCUUGAAAUUGACAUGGAUGUUGAAGAGGUAGAGUGUAUAAUGGCCAUUCUGAUAUAUAAGAAUCUCAUGAAGGGUUAUUUUGCCCAUAAAAGCAAAGUGGUUGUAUUGAGCAAGCAAGACCCUUUUCCCAAGCUGAAUGGAAAACCUGUCAACUCCUAGGAUAGGGAGAAGAAAAGUCAUGGUGACGGAUGAUAGCGUAAUUUUCCAUAGGAUUGUAGCCGAAAGUUCCUUUUAUUGGAUUUUGGAAAAUUCCCAAACGUGUACUAGUGCAUUAAAACAUAUUGUGGUAUAUGAUUAGUUAUUUUAUAGUAGUGGCUUUAAGGCCAAUUUAUUCGUUGUUGUUGUACCCAUAAAAUAACUCGAUUUUGAUAGGUAUAAAUGAAGUUAUGAAAGCACUUCCGGUAAAUUGCGUCGAAGCAAAAAUUAA